AUGCCGACUGUUUCCGACAACCCUAAAGGAGACAGCACUUGGUACUCAGCGUUGCCACCUAAUUCGGUGAAAAGUUGGGAGGACCUAACCAACCAAUUCCUCAUACGAUUUGCAACGAGCAAGGCACAAUACAAAUCUACACACGCGUUAAAAACUGUGCGCCAAGGAUCUAAAGAAACUUUGCGUGAUUAUCUAAACAGAUUCUUUGAUGAAGCACUCUUGGUCAGAGAUUUGGAUCCUCAAGUCUCACUACAUAUAAUUACUGAAGGUUUACUGGAAGGCCCUUUCUCUAUGUCGUUAGCCAAACAGCGACCACGCACCAUAGAGGAAUUAAGAGCGCGAUCAGAAAAAUUCAUCAACUUGGAAGAUUACAAGCGUUCACGCGAAAUUUCAAACACCAGGGUCAACACUGACAACUUUGAGAGAGAUGUCCAGAAGAAUUUUCAACGAAAAUUCCGCGAAAGGAGAAAGUGGGGGAGAUACGACAAUUACACCCCUUUAAACACCUCCCAAAGACGUAUUCUGAAGGAAGUAUUCCAAACAGGGUAUGUACGGGUCAAAAGGCCACCCCCAAUGCCGCAAGGAGGGCAGCGCGAUGAAACUAAAUUUUGUGAAUUUCACAAUGACAAAGGUCAUACAACUGAUGAAUGCCUCGCGCUUAAAAAUACCAUUGAGGCACUCAUACGAGAAGGAAAACUCCAGGAGUUCAUUUCCAGUUGCAGGGAGUAUAAGGCGCUGAGAAGACGCGAUAGAAGUCCAGACCACGACCCAAAUUCCAAUGAACAAAGGGCGUAUCCCAGGAGAAACUAUAACCCUGCUUGUAACAAUGAUCAAAGAAGUGACAGAACAACUCUGACUGACAGACGUCAGGGAACUCCACCGCGAAAUAGACAGCGAACCACGCAGCAACAGCGCGAUGGACUACCUAAUAACGCGGCAAGAGUUUUAGCUACCAUUGCUGGUGGAUUAGCGGGAGGAGGUGCGACAAAAUCUCAACGCAAAAAGCAUCUGAAAUCAGUCAUGACGGUGCGCAAUCACGCUCGCCAUUCCACUUCUCGUAGUCAAAGACAGGCCAUAAUUUUUGACGACGACGACUAUGGCGACAUCAUCCCAGACCAUGAUGACCCGUUGGUGAUCUCAGCUUGCAUGGUUAAUAUUCUCCAGGUAAAACGUAUUAUGGUUGAUAAUGGUAGUUCAGCUGAUAUUAUUUUCUGGGAUGCUUUUCGCGCGAUGCACAUCUCAGAGGAACAUCUACUUCAUGGAUGUUCAGACCUAAUUGGCUUCGCUGGAGAAUGCGUACAACCUAAGGGCACCAUUGAGAUAUGGGUAACCUUUGGAAUCCUGCCUCGAGCGCGUACUAUCAAAGUACGGUUUUACGUUAUUGAAUACGCAUCGGCAUACAACAUCAUCCUAGGAAGACCAACCAUUGCCGUACUCAAGGAAAUCAUCUCUAUGCCCCACCUUUUUAUGAAAUUCUGCGAUACAUCUGGCGCAGUAGUUGCUAUCAGGGGUGACCAGAAAGCAGCGUGCAGCUGCUAUAAUACUAGCCUACGAGCCAAAGCCCCUUUACCAUCUGAUGACAAAGUCAAAGCAUCUGUCAAUAUGACAUAUCUCGAUAUGCGCGAAGAUCUGCGGGAUACAUGUCCUCAACCCGAUGGAGAAUUGGAAAACCUUCAGGUGGGGCCACUACUUUAA